UAAAACGGACUGGCGUGCAGCAGAGCUGGCUGGUGUGAAGUCUGACAGGCUUCCUUUAUAUUUCUCGGCACAUUCUCUUUUAUUCCUCCCUCUCUCGCAUCAAUAUUUAAUCUCCUUGUAAGAGCUAUGAGAUAAUGCAAUGUGCAGAUUCAGAGAAGGUGCAGUGAGGGGGAGACGUGCUGCUGCAUGCUGCUGCUACUGCUGCUGGUGGUUUUGACUGGACACAGCGAGCUGGGAAGAAGCUGCCGGGAGACCAGGUGUAUGCAGCUCUCCAAAGCCAAUACUUAAAGCAUGUCCUCCCUGGCCACCACCACCUCCUUCCUGGGAAGGGCAGCUGGGGAGGAGGACACAGGAGGAUGAGGAGAGAGAGUCGGCCGGAGCACAGGACGAGGAGGAAGAGGAGAAGGAGAGGAGGAGGGGGUGGUGGAGGAGAGGCCAGCACAGAGGAUGAAGUGGGGUGUCCGCGGAGCUUGCGCCGCCCUCUCCAGCUGCUUCUUGCUUGCCUGCGCCCUGAGCGCAGCUGCGGUGGGCCUCAAGUGCUACUCAUUGGGUUCUGAGUUGAAGGGUGAGCCAUUCCGCCUGGGUACGGCUGCUGGCGCCUUUUACUCUGGGGUGCUGCUUACUGCUGGUCUUUCCCUUCUGGGCUUUGCUCUGCUUUGCUGCCAGGAGGAUGCAUCUGGGGAAGCCAAACCUGGAAGCCAGAACUUUCUCCUGUUUGGAGUGCUGGUUUUCAUGUUGGGGGUACUAAGCGCCUUUGCGGGUGCUGUUAUAGACGGGGAUACUGUAUCGCUUGUAGAGAGGAAAUAUUCACACUACUGCUUACAGCAGCCACUUCCCAGUGGAGGUGGCAGUGUCACCAAAUGUCAAAAGUUAAAGGAUUACCAGCGUGGUUUAGUGAUCUCCACUAUUUUUAACUCACUGGAGUGCCUGCUAGGAAUGAUAAACCUUCUGCUGGUAAAAAACUACAAGUCCUCGCAGCAACGCCGCAGAAGAAGGAGGAGAUGUGGGAGCAGGAGGCUUCAGAGUCAAAGCAGAGGCUCCAUCUUCUCUAAUGAAGAACAUGAUUUUUCCCCUGGGGAUUUUCCCUUCCAGUCAGUCUCCUACAUCAAUGUUGGGGUGUUCCAUCUAUUUGAUGAGGCAGGGGUGGAGGUACAUUGUGGGGGGCAUCCAUCAUUGGAGUUGCCAGGGUACUCCCCCAUGGACCCCGAUUUAAACCCAUCCUACCCUUACAGCUACCCUUUGCCCAAUGAGCAACCCCCUCCUUACGAUGAGAUAUACCCUGCUCAUGAAAACUGCAGCAACAGCAGCACCACAACCACCUAACAGCAGUCAGACUGAUGUAGAGGGACUCUCCUGCUCCAUGAUCUGCACUGACAAUCAUAAUGCCUGCAUGUAGGACAGGGGCAUGCCACAUAAAGGCAAUUUUCACAAUGUAACUACAUGGAUGUGUUGAGACAGUGCUCAUAAGCAAUGUAAGUUCUAGGGUGAAAGGUCAAAUGUUUUGAUGUGUGUGUGCGUGUGCCUGUGUACCUGUGUGCCUGGUCCCACAAAAUGCACUGUAACCACUUAACAUUCAUUUCACCUGUGUGGAAAUGAUUGAAUAAGUUAGGAAUUAUCAGUAUUCCCCUUUUUCUUUACAUAUAUAUUUUUUGUUAUACCAGUGUAAAUCAAAAUUUUGGUGUUCAUUAUUGCCAUGGUUACAGUGUCUAGCUACAAAAUGAUUAUGUCAGUAUAAAUAGGAUUUUUUUUUUCACAUCUGAUGAUGAGAUUACUCAUCUUUAUCAAAUCUCUAGAUUUUAUCGGUAAAUGCUUUCGGUAAUGUCAAACCUCCUACCAUUUUUUUUCUUUCCUUAUAAAUGAAUCAUCAACUAAUGGUUUUCUAUCCCAAGAAAGCUACCUGACUGCCACAAUCAUGAUUAAUAUGCAAAGAAUGAAAAAAGGUUUUUAAAAAAAAUGCAAAAAUCCUUCCUUGGCUCUAAUCUAUAAUAUUUGUACCAAACAAGUGAGAUUUCCAUUUCACUUUAACCCUUUUUAUUUUCAAAGGGUCAACUCUUUUGCCAGCAGAGUUAAUAUAGUCUUUGACAUUUGCAGGUAAGGGAGAGAGACCUUAUGUUUACAUUUGUGGAUGUGUUAAUAAAGAGAACAUUUUAUUGUAUAUAACCAUUCAAAUACCUGAUGAGUAAGCAGCCCCUGAGUGAUGUGCUCUGCUCAGGUAAUGGUUUAUGAUAUAAAAACCAAAAGUGGAAUCUGAAUGUUAAUGUUAAAAUGCAUUGUUUGGUUUCCCUUUGUGCCUGGUUUUUACUGUAAAAACUUUGUCACAUGCAAUUAGAAAAAAAAUCAAAAAUAAAUCUGUGAUUUAAAGCACUACAAUAACCCCCAUUUAACAUUAUCAGAUACUAAUAAGAUUACAUUACAGACCAAAAGGCCAGUAAAUAAAGCACUUUAUCAGUUAUGUGAAUAUUACUUUUGUAAUAAAAAAAGAUGAAUGAAAUAUUUUUAAUGCCAUUUAAAGAGUAAAAGAACAAUUUAUUUAGACAUUUCUUCUGAGAUGUAGCAAAUUGUUAAUAUUAUGUUCUUGGUUUUAUGCAAAUUUAUUCAAUCCGCACUUGUGCAUAUUAUUUAUAAAAUGAAUGUAAAUUUCAUAAUAUUGCAUGAAUUCAUAUGCUCAAUGUAUAUCACAUUCCCAUUUUUAUUAGUAACUUUGAUUAAUGUCUGUCAGAUCCUUAUGUCUGUGUUGCAUGCUUUAGUUAAUUAAUAGAAAUUACAAUUCUGACCAUCUUUGAUAUUUUUAUUUGAAUAAUAUAAGCAUUGGGUAUUAUACAAUGCCAUUUUUUUACUAUUAAUUUUGAUGCUUUAUAAUGUAUGUCAGGUGAUUUAAUCAAAUUAAAAUGGGGAUUUUAAUUAAAUAUAUAUUUUAAGUAGGUUACCAUAAGUUAUGAUGUAUAGAUUUAUAUUUCUAUAGAGUAUAUGGCCACAGACCUUUUACGUGAGCAUAUAAUGCUCUAAUCAUUAAGGCUGCUCUAAUCAAUCAGACUUGCUCCAUCCAACCCACUACUGAAUGAAGAAUGCUUUAUGGCUGUUUAAACUAGUGACCCCUGUCACACGUCUAAGAUUAUUACAUUAUAGGAAGGAAGUGGCUUACACAUUCAUAAAGUAUAGAUCAAUUCUGGAAAAGCAUAGAAAAUGGAAGGGCCAUUUACACAAAGAAACAAUUUAAUCUAUUAAAUAAAAAGU